UGGGUUCUUUAAUCUCCUCAUUAUUUCCCAAAGAAUCUCUUCUCUUCUCCCUUUAUUUACUUUCCUUUUCUUUUCAAUAUUUUGUAUUUAAAUAUUGUUACUUUUAAUAUUUAAUCGGAUUUUAUAUUUCACUCGCCUCUUUUAUCUCUCUCUAUUGAUCCCUUCAAUCCAUUUCUCACUCUCCCAUUUUUCAGUUUUCCCGAAAAAAUCUCGCAUUUUCUCACCUGGAGAUCCGAAAUUAGUAUAAUGACGUAGUUUUAAGUUUUUUUUUUUUAUCUCUGUCGUUUUUCUGUUUGGUUGCGGAGAAAAUUCAGGGUAAAAGUAACCGGAAAGCAAGCUUGUCAGUAGAUUACUCAUAGAUCUGCUCAGACUAAGCUUAACAAUUAGUUGGAUUUUUGGAAAUGAGUUGGAAUCCAUAUAUGGAAGUUCAAUACAUCAACAGUAGCUACCCUUAUAAUAGUGCUGGGAGCUUUAUGGAAUAUUUCGAAGGUCUUACUUAUCAACAUGUCAAUUUCAUUUUCGAUGGUGCUUCCCAUGUUCAGGAGAGUGUGUACCCAUCGAUGACUACAAGCUUUUACAAGUUUGGAUUAUCUGAUUCUGGAAAUACUUCAUAUUAUGACCAUGGUCAUAGUUACGAGGUGAGUAACUAUGAACUAGGCGUUGAUGAAUAUAGAAGGGCAUCAGAGAAUUCCUCAUCAACGAGCAAUGAACAGACUGCAGCAAUAAAUAUGGAAUGGGAAGGAAAUGCAAAUGCAACCUCAGGUGAAAACCCAGUAGAUUGUCCACGGAGACAACAUAAUGCUCAUGAUUACCAGGCCAUUUGGCAAGAUGGUGUUGAUCCUGACAACAUGACUUAUGAGGAAUUACUUGAAUUAGGGGAGACUGUUGGAACUCAAAGUCGAGGUCUCUCCCAAGAACUUAUUUCUUUGCUCCCAGUUUCAAAAUACAAGUGCAGCUUAUUCUCAAGAAAGAAAUCAAGGAAUGAAAGAUGUGUAAUUUGCCAGAUGGAAUAUAAAAGAGGUGAGAGGCAGAUUACCCUGCCAUGCAAACAUGUCUACCACUCUGGAUGUGGCAACCGAUGGCUUAGCAUCAACAAGGCUUGCCCCAUUUGUUACACUGAGGUGUUCGGUGAUGGAUCAAAGCGUUGACAAAUAAUCAGGAUCGAACAUGAAGAAAAUAUUCAUAUGCUUUAUUUUGUUUUUUUUUGGCUUGAGUUUGGGUAUUUUCCCCUAAUACGAAGAUGUUUUAUUUCGAUCCUUUCCAACAGGAGAGUUUAUUAGCUUUUGCAAUAAAUGAAAGGUAUGAACAUGGUAGAAAAAUGGAUAUGUUAACUAGAAAGGCUGGAGAUUGUAUAGAGUUUUCAAUGAUGUUUUUAGUCUUCUUCCAAUUGUUUUGUCUUUACUUUUUUGAAAUUAUCACACACUUUUAAGAAGCUAGCUAGUUAAUCUCAAGACAAAUAAGCUAAUGAAGCUCCAAGUCUCAUCCUGGGAGAAGGAUGCUGAAUGACAAUCUUUUAAAAUCUUAAAUUUGUUUAGUUUGAUAAUUUUGCAUAUAUAUGCUAGGA